UAACAUUUAUUAUUUUUAAUUAUUGCGCUCCUUUUUUUUAACCGAGUUAGAAUUUAAACAGAAAAAAAAAAGCUUCCGGUAGCACGUUGAGGUUUUAGGGUUAUAAAAUACAAGUUUACUUGUGUUGUGUCCAAUUUUACUGCGUUAUUCGUAUUUUCACUUUCUAAAGAGGAACCAGAACAGAGAAGAUGGGGUCUGUAGCCAGGGCAAAGGGGUGCCUCGGAGCCAAUGUCUACACAGAAGUGCCAGACGGGGGCUGGGGCUGGGUUGUAGGUCUGGCCUUCUUCUUUGUGGAAGUAUUCACAUACGGAAUAAUCAAGAGCUUUGGGAUAUUCUUCCAGGACCUGAUGAUCCAUUUCAACGAGUCCAACAGCAGGGUGUCCUGGAUAAUCUCCAUAUGCGUUUUUGUCAUGACCUUUACAGCUCCCCUCUCUUCAAUGUCAAGCACCCGUUUUGGUCAUCGCCCUGUCGUCAUGGUGGGAGGAGCACUGAUCAGUCUUGGAAUGAUUUCAUCAGCAUUCGUAAACUCGGUUGAGCAAAUGUACAUCACUGUGGGAGUCGUUUCAGGCCUGGGAUACUGCCUCGCUUUCCUGCCUACUGUCACCAUCCUCUCCCAAUACUUCCAAAAGCGCCGAUCCCUCGUCACCGCUAUCGCCUCUACUGGAGAAUGCUUCUCAGUUUUUCUUUUUGCACCAGCCUUUACUGCUCUGAAGGAUUACAGUGGCUGGAGAUGCUGUCUCAUAGUGAUGGGAGUGCUUCAGUCCACAAUCAUUCUCUGUGGAGCUCUACUCCGGCCAAUUGUCAUCCAGACCAAGCAAGAGGUGGUGCAUAAAACGCCGAUUAAACAGACAGAGACCAAAUACAUGCUAGACAAUGAGCAGACGCGCACAUCGAUCGACUCGGUAGACUCAGGUGUUCAGUCUUUAUCUACCUCAUGCACCAACAUUGUUGGACGCAGUAAAGAGGAGGAGAUGGAAAUGGAAAAGAAGGAAGAGGAGACGGGAAUGCUUCCCGGAGCCUCGGUGGAGAAGGAAGAGCCCUCAACACCACUUCUGAGAAACAAACUGCUGGAUUUCUCGGUGCUCAAGGACUGCAGUUUUAUUUGUUAUGCACUGUUUGGGCUGUUUGCCACUCUGGGAUUCUUUGCGCCCCAGCUGUACGUUAUCCCACUCAGCAUCAGUCUGGGCAUUGGGAAGGACCGGGCAGCGUACAUGUUGUCUGCCAUGGCUGUGGCGGAGAUCUUUGGCAGGAUCUCGAUGGGCUGGAUGCUCAACAAGAAGCCCAUUCGGAAGAUCUACAUUGAGCUGAUCUGUGUCCUGCUGCUCUGCCUGGUGUUGGUAGUCUUCCCCUUUGUCCGUGAGUUCUGGGGGCUAAUGGUCUGCUGCGUGCUGUACGGCUUCAUGUUGGGCACAGUGGCCGCCUCACACAUCCCCAUGCUGGCAGAGGAUGAUGUGUUGGGAAUUGAGAAGAUGCCAUCUGCAGUGGGAGUGUACAUCUUCAUCCAGAGCUUUGCAGGGCUGGCUGGUCCACCCCUGGGAGGUUUCUUGGUAGAUCUCACAGUAGAUUAUGGUGCUGCUUUCUAUUCCUGUGCUGCUGGAAUGGGAGUGGGAGCCAUUUUCUUGGCUCUGGUACGACCUGCAAAGACUGGCCUUUGUAACAGGAGGAAGAAACAGCAGCAGAACUCCAAGGCUCCAAGCUGGGAAAAUCUAACUCAGGAUAACAAAAUUGUUGUGGAACUUCCGGAUGAUUUCCUUGAUGUUGAUCUUGUUGCGGAAGAGAGCAUUUUGAAAAUCAAUUCAGGAGACAGCACAGCCAGAGCAAAAUCAAUUUAAAGAGAGAGAAAAAAUGGGACACACAAACAGACCUCGCACCACGAAUCUAAUGGCCAAUAUCACAAGCACUUGCCUUUUGUGUUCUGCAUGCUUCUAAUGUACUGGAAGUAAAUAAUUAAGUUAACACUGCUUAUUUAAGAAAAUGAAAAGGUGCAAAAAAAAAAAAAAAACAACAACAAAAAAAAAAAAAAAAACAUUUUUUACACCAGUUGCACAAUCUAGUAAUUCUGAAUGUUGACACUCAAUUUGUAUAACAAGUGCAGAAUAGAUUUAUUUUUUAUUUUAGGAAAAUAAAAAAUAUAGGCCCUUUUUGCGCCAUUCCUUUAUUCCAUGCAGACCAUGACAUUUCUGGUGUUAGGGAACAUGAGUCCAAGCUGUUUUUCCAUGAGGGCUUCAAUUAGAAUAGUUUACAUACCAGAUGUGUAUAUGUAACUAAUCAGAACACCAAAUCAGAAGAAAUCCUAAUGCUAUGUUGCGGGAAAAUUCAAUUCCAUUCGGGAGUGAAACUGUCAGUGAUACAACUGGUUUCUGUUACAUGUUGCAUUCAAAUAAUAGUUGAAGUUUUCCAGCAGGACUGGAUUAAAUCCUCUUGAUUGUGUUUAUGUAGUGGCCCAUAUUCAGUAAAGGUACUAUGACUAUGAGCAAGGUUUGAAAGUAUUAACUUUUAGUAGGACAAAAAAAAAAAAAAAAAAGUUUUAACAAGUAUAAACAGGGAAUCUUUAUAAAGAGUAAUACAACUCCUGAGUGAAUCUAGGGGUUUUCAAAAUAAGUUAGGCGUUAUUUUUUAUUUUUUUUAAAACUUCACUUAAUAAGUGAUAAAAUACAUAAACAGGCUGUUUUCUGUUGGGACUAAGACCAGUUUUAAUGUUCAUGUUCUUCAGAGUAGUCACUGGUAUACCUCAUCUGGAACCCAUAUAGCCUUAGGCUACAGUCUGUUGUUAGCUUGUUGAAAGAUUAGUUUACAUUAACUCUGCAUUGAUUGGACAGUUGUACAGUCUGUCUCUAUCAAUGUGUUGCAAUCUCACUGGAAUAUUUAUUCUAAACCUUGCUUAAAUUGUAGCUAAUUUAUUCUUUUACAAUUAAAAUUGUUCUAGCUU